CUCUUCUUCCCUGCUCUUCUUCGAGCGAAAACACAAAAGAAUAGGAGCCUGGCGGAAAAGACGAGGGAAUUACGCCGCAAACCGCGCCGUCGAUUUAUCGCCAGCCGGCCCACCUUUUAAUUGCUCCGAGACUGGUUCUCCAAGUCCAAGGAACAAAACGAAGAGCGCGUGAUGUGUGCAGCAGCAGCAGCAGCAUUGCCAGUACAUUCAGUCGGCUUUCGACAGCGCAGCAGAAGAAUGCACUGACUGCUGAGGAAAGAGAUGAACUCAGCCACAUUGAGAAAUGUCGCGAUCAUCUCCACGAUCAUUUUCUUCUUUUCGGUUGGCGUCGAAUACGGCGCCUUCCUUCCUAACGUGAUUGAGCAUUUCCACAACAUUGGAAUCCAAAACGAAGCCCUACUUGGCAUCGUUUUAGCAUGCUACUGGUUCGGCUGUUGCAUUUCGAGCAAUGUUUUGCUCUUGUUGAUCGACACCAAUUAUCCGUUGCGACCGCUGCUGUUGGUGUGCUGCGUGCUUUACAUUGCCAGCGGGCUCCUAUACCUGUUUGCGCCUUCCCUCUGGGCGGUCGUCUUCAGCAAAUUUUUUGCAGGUUUGGGCGCUGGUUCGGUGCUCGCCAUAGAAAAAGACCUUUCCGCCAGUACUAGCGCUGAGGAAUUCGCCGCGCUGAGGCUGCGUCUGCACGUCAGCUUGGCCUGUGGCUGGCUGCUGUCGCCCAUCUUCAGCGUGCUUGGCUUAUUGGUUUCGCCGUCUUUGGCGUCCAGUGAGGUGGUCUCGAGUUCAUUCUUCGUGCUCUGUGCCAUUCUUACUGUGCUCGGCUUCACGCACCUCGCGCGCAAUCUGCGUCUCUGCCGCCUCAGGGACACCCUGGCGCUCGCGUAUCAAAAGAGAUCGUCGAUGAACAAGAGCUACGGUGCUUUCAGUGUCAGCUAUGAUUCCCCUGAUUUGGGAGAGGAAAGGUUUGAUCAAACGUCUGAAAGUUGCUCCCUGAUAAUUGCCAAGGACUUCUCGACGCCGCUCAAGAUCAGUGACGAUGUCAGUUCGCAAAACAAGCUCAAUCGACAAAAGUCGGAGAAGCAUGGCAGCCGAGACCCCAUGCUGACCAACUCGGACGAAAUUCUCGAAACUGCCGAGUUCUUCAUGGGCCCCCAAGCGCGGAUGCCGCAGGAAAUAAUGCCCCCUGACGUCACCCACAAUUGCACAGACUUUUCGUCCACUCCGCCCUCCCCUAGCGAGCCACCGUUCGACGCGACUUGCUACCCCUCGUCAGCUCUCAAUUUUAGCAGAAGUGCGACUGCUGUGUGUCAGAAAUAUCGCACUAAUUGGUUGUGCCCCCAGUUCCUGUCCGCGUUUCUCUUUGGCAGCUUGCAAGCCAUGCUGACCCCUCUGACUGAAUAUUACUUCCUAUUUAGCACAAUGGAAAACUCUGCAGCUCAAAUUCUGGUUUCCAUGUUCGGUUUGCUGCCAUUGCUGGUCUUCUCAAACAACUCAAAUUAUCUGAGAAUUCUCGUUGCGGUGGGCUGCUUCCUGGGUGUGAUAUCAACCACAGGACUCGUAGUCAUAGGCCCUGGCUCAAAGGACAACAUGGCCCUAUUUUCCAGUUUCUUGCUAGGAAUGGCAGUGUCCUGCGGCACGCUUUUCGCCCUCUCAGGGCCCAAACUGAAGGAGGAGUGCCACCUGAGCGACAGAGAACUGAAAUGGCUUUGGUGCGCGGGACUGGUGCUUGGUCCCCUGUGGACGAGCAGCACAGUCGGCCAGCCCAAGGUUAUGCACUACGGACACUUGACGGUUUUGCUUUUCGGUCUGCUGAACUGCUUAUUCAUCUAGUGAGAAUUUCGAAAUGGCCAAACACGGUUGUUGUGUUUAAUUAAAUUUUAAUUGUAUUAUAUAAAAAACAUAAUUUAUAGAAAUUCCUCCUGUCUUUAAUUUUACUUCUUCCGGCGCAAUCGAGGUUGCAAGAACCAAGUCCAGAGCUCACCGCCAGUUGAUUUCGUAACAGAUUCGAGGACUAACCACCGAGGCGGGCUCUGGGCCGGUUCGCCUCGCAUAAAGAGCAGGAAUCAACAACAUUAACAAGCAUAAUAAUCGUAACCAAGAAGCUUUAAAAUUGGACAGUAGUUAGCAGUAGUAAUACAGUAGAAAUCAGUUAAUGUGAUUCUCAUGUGUGUCGUCGCACACACACACACGCGUUUCUCUUAUCAAAUUGGAAGAGAUCAUCAGCAUCAAAUUUACACACAUGCUUUUCGGGAAUGUGAAGAGAGCGAUUAAAUAUAAUGACAAAAUCAGAAAUUGACAACACUUGAGACGGGUUUCGAGUGGUUGGUUGGCUACAGACAAAGACUAGAUGUUUGCUGAAAACGAUGUAGCACAGGGUUUGGGAGGGGGUUUGCUCGACAAGGCAAGAGCAGCACACAAGUUUGCUGGAAAUUGAUUGCUGAUGACACCAGGUAAUUUAUUUCAAUUUGUGCAGUAACUUAUUACAAAACGUCGUUAAUUCAGUAGAAAAUCAGUUAAAGAAAAACAAACAGUGAUAGUUGCGGUAUGUAGUGUAUAAAUUUUAGUAUCUCUGGAGAUUCCAUUCUCAACAUGGUUAUCUCGCGGGAACAGGUAGGGAAAAUCAUGUGUUCGCUUCUAACUGUUUCACGCGGUCACAAAUGAACAAAAUGACUCUCUUCCCUUCAUUAUGGUCUAACUCACUCGCCACUCUUUCUUCACACUCGCAUUCAAAAUUCCUGUACACCAAACAUCCUCUUUUU